UCCUGGGGCAUGUGAACUACUUCUCACUGGAGGUCGUAAAGGAGGGGGGAGGUGUGUUUUGUGGCUUUUUUUCCGUGAAAAACAGAUUGAUUUGAACCGCGAAGGAGCCAUGGGUGGCGUAGGAGUUUCAAAUAACCGCCCAGUGCCCUAACGCGCUGUUUACGCAGCGUAAUGCCGCGGUUGGAGAGGUUAUUGCGUGCGUGCUUUGCAACUGAAGACCACCGAUAGGGGAAGGGGGAGAAAAGCACAGGAAAGUUCCCCUCUGUAUUCUGAUAAUACUGCAUGUGGAAGUGGUAUGAAGUAAUGCGCAUUAGCCUCAGUGAAGAGUCAAGAGAUCCCUGGCUCCUUAAGGAAUUGCCGCUGCACACCACGGCCAUUGCCUGCUUGCCGGCUGGGGAGGCGCACCGGGAGCGCUUAGAGCUACGCCGCCGCAACAGACCCUGAAGCCGGGCGCAACCGAAACAUGACGCCGCCACUGCAGCCGGUCGUCAUUAGGUGACCCCUUUCUUGCUGCGCUGACUCCUCCUUGCCUGUCGGGGUCCUCUUGACAAGGCCGCACGCUAAAGUAGCUGUGCUCUGGGACUUCGCCUUGGGACCUGCCAGCAGGUGUCCCCCUGCCCUGUCCUUCUCCAUGGACCUCAGGCUUCCCCAGCUCCAGCUCUGCCCCCUGCUGGCCCUCCUGGCCUCCGUGGUCGGCCUGUCCCUGGCGGAGCUGGUCUACAGCAACUCCUGGGCUGUCCACGUCUCCGGCGGUGCGGAGGCAGCUGACCAGAUCGCCCAGAAGCAUGGCCUCGUCAACCUCGGCAACGUGUUCGGUGAUUACUACCACUUUAAGCACCGUGGUGUGGUGAAGAGGUCUCUCUCAGUGCAUCGUGGGACUCACGUCAAGCUGCAGAAGGAUCCCCAGGUGGUGUGGGUUGAGCAGCAGGUGAUUAAAAAGAGGAAGAAGAGGGAUAUUUACACUGAGCUGUCAGACCCCAAGUUCUCCCAGCAAUGGUAUCUGUAUAAUGCAGACCAUCAAGACCUGAAUGCCAGGGGGGCCUGGGAACAGGGCUACACGGGAAAAGGCGUGGUCGUCUCCAUCCUCGAUGACGGGAUCGAGAAGAACCACCCAGAUCUAGUGGAUAACUAUGACCCCGAAGCCAGCUAUGAUGUCAAUGACGGGGACCCUGAUCCACAGCCGAGAUACACGCAGCUUAACGACAACAGACAUGGGACCCGCUGUGCCGGGGAGGUGGCGGCUGUGGCCAACAAUGGUAUCUGCGGAGUGGGUGUGGCCUACGACGCCAAGAUUGGAGGUGUACGCAUGCUGGACGGGGAAGUGACUGACGUCGUUGAGGCCCAGUCUCUCAGCCUCAAUCCCCAGCAUAUCCACAUUUACAGUGCCAGUUGGGGCCCCGAGGAUGAUGGGAAGACGGUGGAUGGCCCCGCCAAGCUGGCCAAAGAAGCCUUUCUGCGCGGCGUCACCGAGGGUCGUGGCGGCCUGGGCUCCAUCUUCGUGUGGGCAUCGGGCAACGGUGGCCGCGAGAGGGACAGCUGCAACUGCGACGGCUACACCAACAGCAUCUACACACUGUCCAUCAGCAGCAGCACCCAGAGCGGCAACGUGCCCUGGUACAGCGAGGCCUGCUCCUCCACGCUGGCCACCACCUACAGCAGCGGCAACCUCAACGAGAAGCAGAUCGUCACCACAGACCUGAGGCAGAAGUGCACAGACUCGCACACAGGGACGUCCGCUUCCGCCCCCCUGGCCGCUGGCAUCAUCGCAUUGGCUCUGGAAGCCAACAAGAACCUCACCUGGAGGGACAUGCAGCACCUGGUGGUUCGGACGUCCCGGCCCGCCUACCUCACCACCAGCGACUGGAAGACCAAUGGCGUGGGCCGCAGAGUGAGCCACUCCUACGGUUACGGGCUCCUGGAUGCCAGUGCCAUGGUGGCCCUGGCUCAUAACUGGACCAGCGUGGGCCCCCAGCAGAAGUGCGUGCUCUCCAUGGUGUCUGAGCCCCGGAAUAUUGGCAGCCACCUCGUGAUCACGAAGAGCGUGGAUGCAUGCUUUGGGAUGCCCAACUAUGUGAAGUCCCUGGAGCACGCCCAGGCAGAGCUCACCUUGUCCUACAACCGGCGGGGGAACCUGGCCAUCUACCUGGUCAGCCCCCAAGGGACUCGCUCCACUCUGCUGGCCCCCAGGCCUCAUGAUUACUCCUCAGAGGGUUUUAACGAGUGGGCCUUCAUGACCACACACUCGUGGGAUGAGGACCCUCGGGGGGAGUGGACGCUCGAGAUCGAAAAUGUUGCUGGGACCAGUGACUAUGGGACACUAACACAGUUCACGCUCGUCCUUUAUGGCACUGACCCGGACUCCACUGACCUCUCUGGACUGGACGUCAGCCAGCCCGUGAAUCACAGCUGCAAGACCUUUGAUGCUGAUCAGAUGUGUAUUGAGUGUCGUCCAGGCUACAUCCUCUUCAGGGAGACCUGCGUGACGGCCUGCCCUCCCGGCUUCACCGCUGCUGCCCAGACCCUGGACUUUACCCUGGACAACAACGUGGAGCCGCACUCUGUCCAGGCCUGCCUACCCUGCCACGCGUCCUGCCUGACCUGCAGCGGCCCCCACCACACUGACUGUCUCUCCUGCCCGCCGCACAGCCACCUGGACCCCAGCUUUGGCAGCUGCCUGCACCAGAACCAGAUACAGCGCGAGUCUCCGGGUGUCCUGGAGAGACUCCCCAACAGCAGGGGCCUUGCCGAGCCGGGGCUGUCCUCCAGCCUGCCCGCGGUCGCAGCCGUGCUCAGCUGCACCUUUAUCGUCGCCGCAUUCGUGGGCAUCUUCGCUGUACUGCAGCUUCGCUCCAGCGGUCCGGGGAAACUCCACCACAUGAUGGAGAACGGGGCCGGUGUCCGGGUGGGUUUUGGCCUGGGAAGGGGCCGGAUGGUGUCUUACAAGGGAAUCCCAUCCAUGUGGAGGGAGGAGGAUGGCCUCUCGGAGUCUGAGAAUGAUGAGUUUGACAGUCACAGCGAGAGGACUGCCUUUAUCAAAACACAAAGUGCUCUUUAACCCCCUCUUGCCUCUUGAUACCCCCUCCUGCAAUGUCUCUGCUGCCUUCUGUGUCCCCACCACUGCCCCACCCAUUUUCCUCCUGUCUCUGUCAUCUGCUGGGUGGCUCUCAUUCAUCCCCCCCACAUGGUGUGAUGGAAAAGGCUCCCCUUUUUCCUUCCGUCCUCCUGCUCCCCUCUGUGAUCCCCCAGCUCGCCUGGCCGUCAUACUCUGAGCUGAUCUGUAGCCCAUGCUAAUGGUUGGACAGGAAUUCCACGUCUCAGGGUCUCGUUCCUUAUUCCCCUUGGUCUUUGUCCUUGUGGGACAGAAGUCCAGUAAUAAUAUGGAGACUCUCCAACUCAUGGCCAACCAUUAUUUUUCGCAUCAGGUUUAGGACAGAUGCCUUGUAAGAGGUGUGAUUCUCAGAGGGCAGGGCUUGUGAUACAUCCCAUUCAGUCUAGCCGAUAAAACCUUAAUCCAUCCCUUGUAUGUUAAACAAGCCUUUGAUCCACCAAACCUCCAUCAGGCCUCUGGGAACCUUCUUGAACUUGCCUGUUAGGCUGUUGGCACCAGUGGUUUGCUGCUGCCCAGGGCGGCUUCAUAAGAUCCCACCGCGGUGCCAUUGCUUUUGUAAUUUUCUCCCUCCUCCAGAUACUGGUUGAGGAAUGCCUGAACCAAACUGAUUCUUCCUUUUAAGGGUCCCUCAGUGGCUGAGUGGCCCAGGAGGGUCUGCUAGUGGUUAGAUGGAGCGGAGGGUCCCAGCUUCUGCCAGAUAUCCCAAAGCAGCAUCUGGGAUGGCAGAUGCAGCAGAUUUGGUUUCCUGUUGUACGGGGCGAGUAGUGUGGCUACAUUGGGUGCCCAGGGUUGCUGAAAUUCACUUGCAUUCAUUUCCUGAAUCUGAAGUGUUCACUCUGAGGUUUGUGGUGGAGUGUUUUUUUUUUUUUUUUUUUUUUGUGACAUUGACCAGAACACUACAGCAAACUUCAUUUGAAUAUCUAUAGAUGGGCACUGUGGUUUCUUUCUUUCUGAGAUGCAUGUCACUGUUUUGCUUCCUGUUUCAAUCAUCUGCCUACAAUCUUCUUUGGUCAUUUUUCUCAGAAGAUGAAUUGGUCGUUUCCCCUCCACCCCGUCCCUAGUAGAUGAACACUGUCAGCUCUAUUCUGACAGCCAUGCAUCUCCGACAAGAUGCUGAGAGACCUUUUGUGUGCAAUACUUCUUUUUUUUUUUUUAGGACCUACGGAGCUGCUGCAGUGGAUGAGCCCAUAAUGUUAAGCCUUUGGGGAAAACAGAUGUGAACGAUGAAUGAAAACCUGUUCUGGUCUGAAGAGUUUUUUUUUCUAGAAACAGUCCGUUCUGCUGGGUUGCUGAAGAUGGUGUCUUAUCUUCCUGCUGUCUUUAAUGCUUCAUGUAGUGAAUUGUCUAUGCAUCAUGUCAUCUUCACCAUGAGCUGAGGUUUAUGAUUAUUAUUUAAAUGAGUUGAUUUAUGGUAUGCAAUGUUUUUGGGGGUGGGUGAUUUCGGGAAUGAGCUGCCCCUCUGUCAGUCUUGUGCAAUCAAACACGGACCUAAAUAUAGCCGUAGACAUCACCUGAAUGUGCUAUUCACCAGGAAUGUUUCACUGCUAAAUGUUUCCCAUCAUGAAGUCCAGCUCCAGUUCAUACCAGAACUUGUACAAUUCAAGCAAUAUUUGCCUUCACUAAGACAGAUUUGUCUUUGUGUGGGUACGACAUGUAUCAUUGCCAAAGCUGGUUAGGAACUUUAUCUAAACAGAACUGGACCAUUGUACCAGAUUGCUGAACUGCAUACUUUUAUAGGAUUACGUGCUGUUUAAAUAGUUAAUUUAAAGCAACAGUUAGGUAAUAAACUUUAAACUUUUAGUUCGACACACUGCAGCUGCGAGUGAGGAGGCGCCCUCUACAGGCUGCCUCCGUUGCAGCAGCAGAACUUAAUAGUGAUUGCUAGUAGCAUACAGUAUGGCACGGGGGAAUUAGCGAAGACAUUAAUUUGGCAGAAUCGAGCCCCAUGUUAUAGUUUCUGAACAGACUCGAUAGUUUGGAGACGCUGGUGGUAAUGGAGACCCGGUUGAGCUUCUGGGUCCCUUGCUGGCUCAUUCCGAUACCAGUGACCCUUGGUGUACAUGUUGAUCAGACUGUAUGAUACUGACCUCCGAUUCGUUGAUGUCUGUCCUCAUUCCCCGGUUCAGGGACAUGUUGAAACGUUCCGCGAGGCGCCAUCCCUGAUUAUCAGUGCGCCGGGUGUGUGUUCAGCAAGGUCUGUGCUGCAAACUUCGCAUUUGAAUAGCUGAAAAUCUCUGGAUGACAGAGGCGGUUGCGUCAGGGGCUCUGUGGCACUCUGGAUGUCCACCCAUUGUAAUUCGGCUGACCUCGGUCUUAAAUGGCAAGGUCGAUAGCCUUUUGGUAAUCUGUACCUCUGCAGUAAAGAGCUGUAGUCGAUACAAUUUAUGGAUGAAUGCCUGAGAUGGAGAAAAUCCUAAAUGCCUAUUUUUGUACACUCUUCCUUUUUCUGGUGUUCCCUUUUCCCUAUCUUUAUAUCUAAUUGUACACACAUAGAUGUGUGUAGUGCAUUCAGUCUUGUAAUUUAAAAAUUAUUUUGCUUGUCUUUAAUUUUCCCAUUUUAUUUAAUUGAUGUCAAUAUGCAGAUUAAAUAGAUUAUACACAAAAAAAUAAAUAAAAUCUAUGCAAACCUA